GUUUGAAUCGUUUGCGUCAGAUGUGGUCAAAUCGAUGGACGAAAUGUUUUUGGAGAGUCCUUUGGCCAAAAUAUAUAACUUAACCCAAGUCUACGAGUUUAGUGACAGUCAGACAAAAGCCGGAGUAAUCAUCAAAUGUCGGAUCGCAUUGAAUAUAGUGUUACUGACGGCCGCCCAAGAAGUUGGUCUCACAUUCAUCAACGCUCUGGAGCGACGACACGGGCGGCUACCGGCCGGAAACCUGAGGGUCGACAUCACCACCAUCAAAUUCACAGGUUAG